UUUUUGGCGAGAUCUCAGCAAGAAGUUCAGAUUUCAGUCACACGGACACGCGUUUGCACUCACACACGCAAAGCCAGUUUGUCACUCAAAACGCGUUCAUACCGUUUUGUGCGAGGUUACAGAAAGAGUUUCAAGAGAGAAUUUUUCAACAAAGAGAGAAAGAGAGAGAGAGAGAGAGAGAGAACGGAAGGGGAUACAAAAAAAGAUUAUCCGAAGAAAACAAUCGAAAUCAUGAAUGGCACAGAAGCAUGUAGCUCCUGGAACGGUAUUAACUCUGGCGAGGAGAUUGUUAUUUCUGGUAUUGCUGGUAGAUUUCCGGAUUCAGAUAAUAUGAAUCAAUUACGAGAAAAUCUAUUUAAUAAAAAAGAUCUUGUUAGAGCUGAUCAUGGUCGAUGGAAGAAAGAUCACCCAGACAUAUCAAACCGUAUGGGAAUAGUUAAUAAUUUGAACAAGUUUGAUGCGGAUUUCUUCGGAUUAUCUUUCGACCAAGCGCACACACUCGGACUUGAGACGAGAAUGUUACUGGAACAUUCUUAUGAGGCAAUUAUCGACGCGGGGAUCAAUCCGAAGCAAUUGCGAGGAAAGGAUACUGCCGUGAUCAUAGCGACAACCUUUUCUGAAACGCAAGCUAAAUUUUUGUAUGAGGAUCUUGAGAUGGAUGGUCUGAAUCUUAUUGGAUGUAGCAGAUCUACAAUAGCAAACAUGAUUUCGUACCAUUUGGAUCUGAAGGGACCAUCGUAUGCAAUCGAUUCAGCUUGCAGCUCCUGUUUCUAUGCCAUGGCCCUUGGUUAUCAUUAUAUCAUAUCAGGCAAAUGCGAAGAUGCCAUAAUUGGGGCUACACAAUUAUGUCUCAAUUCAACUAUAAACCUGCAGUUCGCUCGUCUUGGUGCUUUGUCACCCAACGGUUACUGCAGACCUUUUGAUAUCGCUGCAAACGGUUAUUCACGUAGCGAAACGAUAGGAGUGAUAUACCUUCAAAAAGCAAAGAAUGCAAAAAGGAUUUAUGCUAUAUGUCCUCAUAUUAAAACAAACAACGAUGGUUACAAGGAAGAAGGAAUAACACAUCCAUCGAUGCUUGUGCAAAGUACUUUGCUAACGGAAUUUUACGAUGAGUGCAGAAUAUCAACAUCUUGCUUAGAUUACAUUGAAGCACAUGGUACCGGUACUAAAAUCGGCGAUCCUCUAGAAGUCAAUGCUAUUUCUAACGCUUUGUGCAAGAAUAGAAAAACUCCAUUAAUGAUCGGCUCCGUAAAAUCCAAUCUUGGUCAUACUGAAGCUGCAAGUGGUUUUACUCAAAUCGCUAAGGCAAUAAUAGCAUUUGAAACCGGUUUUGUUCCACCAAAUAUCAAUUAUACAUCACCACGAAAUAUAGAUGCCUUAAUAAAUGGAACUGUUCGUGUCGUCGAAGAAUCGAUGCCACUUAAAAACGGUUAUAUAGGUAUCAAUUCUUCCGGUUUCGGGGGAUCUAAUGUUCACAUGUUAUUAAAGUGGAACCCCAAACAAAAAGUUAACAAUGGAACACCGAGUAAUGACUUGCCAAGACUUGUAAUAUUAUCUGGGAGCACUGAAGAAUCAGUGAAGUUAUUCUUAAAUGAUGUCGCUAAUCGUCCGAUAAAUAUAGAAUAUAUCCGUUUAAUACACGACGUCUAUACGGACAGCAUAGAUGGUCACUUAUGGAGAGGAUUCACUAUACUAAAUAUUUUGCAACAAGAUUCAAUAAGAGAAAUUCAAAAUUGCGAGAAUGCGAAAAGACCUGUUUGGUUUAUAUUUUCUGCUUUAGGCUCGCAAUGGCCAGGAAUGGGUCGAAAUUUAUUAAAAUUUCACGUCUUUGCAAAUGCGAUAAGAGUGUGCGACGUUACUUUAAAACCAUAUGGUAUAGGUGUCGCGGAUAUUUUGACAAAGACAGACGAAAAAGUGUGCAAAGACGCGUUACAUGCGUUUGUUGGCAUUGUCGCUAUUCAGAUUGGUUUAGUAGAUCUCCUAACAUCAUUAGGAAUUAUUCCGGAUUACAUGAUUAGUCACUCUGCUGGUGAACUUGGUUGCGCGUACGCCGAUGGAUGUCUCACUAUUGAACAAACUAUUUUAUCAGCAUAUUUUAUUGGUUUGGCGUGUGCCGAAAGAAAAAUAAUUCGUAGCUCUAUGGCAAUUGUUAGUCUUGAUUACGAGUGUCUCAGAAACAUGUGUCCAGUGGAUAUUGAAAUAAUAUGUCGCAAUAGCGAGAAUAGCAGCGUUGUGAGCGGACCCGCAGAAUCCGUGCAAAAAUUUAUGAAAAUCUUGCAGAUCAAUAAUAUUCACGUGAAAGAGGUACACUGCAAUGUACCGUAUCACACUUUUUAUCUCGCAUCUGUAAAAAUUCAACUUUUGCUUAAUUUAAACAAAGUAAUAUCACGGCCGAAGAAACGGAGUCCAAAAUGGAUCAGCACUUCCGUACCUCGCACCGAAUGGUUUACCUCAGCAUCAAAAUUAUCAUCGGCGGACUAUCAUACACAUAGUAUAUUAAAUACCGUUCUCUUUGAACAAACAACGCAUCUAAUUUCAAGUAACGCAGUGACCAUCGAAAUUGCGCCAGAUAGCGUUCUGCAGCACGUUCUGAAAGAAUCCUUGUGUUCGGAAGUAAUGAACGUUGUAUUGACUCGACGCACUGAACAAAAUAUUGACGUAAUUUUACAAGGAAUUGGAAGGCUGUAUAACUGUGGCUUACAGCCGAAAGUUGCUAAUUUAUACCCGCCAGUGGAAUAUCCUGUUAGUCGAGGAACUCCUAUGAUUUCCCCAUCGAUCAGAUGGGAUCACUCCAAAGAUUGGUAUAUACCGUGUUCUGAAACACAAAUGUCCAUAAAAUCUCGAGAAAGAUAUGUCAAAAUUUCACUCGACGAUGAAGACUACUAUUAUAUGCACGGUCAUAUAAUCGAUGGAAGAAAUUUGCUACCCGCGACAAGUUAUCUUGUACUCAUUUGGCAAACUUUUGGUAUGAUGAAAGGGAUAACAUACACAACAAUACCGAUAAUAUUUCGAGAUGUAAACUUUAUUCGCGCUACUCACUUGACGAAAAGUAAUGCUGUAAAAUUGAUGAUUGCGAUACAGAAAGAUGGGAAGUUUGAAAUAACCGAAAGAGAUAGCGUUGUUGUGACAGGUACAGUGCACGAGAUAUCGAAUCCAGAACAGGAAAUGAUUCGGACAGAUCUAUUGCCGGAAAUUAACAAUGAAGAAGAAUAUAUGACUGCUCGAGAUAUUUAUAAGGAGUUGAGACUGCGUGGUUACCAGUACAGCGGCUGGUUUCACAGAUUAUAUAGCGCAUCUAUUUCAAACAAUAAAGGACAUAUUGUUUGGAAAACGAAUUGGGUAACGUUUAUGGAUACUAUGAUACAGAUGUUUGUUAUUGGGUAUGAUACCCGGGAAUUAUGUGUUACGACGAGUAUUCAGAAGUUGGUGAUCAAUCCUAAGCUUCAUGCAUCGAUGCUACGAAACAGCGUGGUUGGCGUGGAAGAUACGACAUGCAAGGAUAAAACAUUACCGAUACGAAUAUACAGAGAACUAGACACGAUUAUAGCUGGCGGAAUAGAGAUUCGAGGUAUUAAAACCACUCAGAUCUCUCGCCGAAGAUUGGCUCAGGAUGUUGUUAUCGAAGAACACGUAUUUGUAGCUCAUCAUGAUCGCGCUAAGAUUUCUUUGAACGAAGCGAUUCGAAUAUCGGCGCAACUCGCGCUGGAAGAUCAUCAAAUCAUCAAAUUGAAAACCAUCGAGCUAGUAGAAGAUGUCGACGAUGUCGCACCAGAAUAUCUCUCUUCUUCGUUGCUGCUUGAGGCUUUUGAUAAUGUGCCAUUGAUACAAACAAACAUCAUUGUAUUAACAUCGCCGAAUCGUUUUAGUCCAGCAGAUCUACCGCAGAACAUUUCAAUUAGAGAUUUAAACAAACCAUUUGUAGAUGACAAAGCCUUAAUAGUUGCCGGAUUCAACCUUUUAACCAAGCAACAAACCUCGUUAGAACGACUUUUAUCAUUUCUGAGAGAAGGUGGUUAUCUGUUGUCACGUGAGAAAUGCGACGUAGUUAACUACACCAAAUAUUUACAGCAAUACGAAUUAAAUGUUAUUCUUGAAAAGCGCACCGACAAAGAAAUGAUUGUGCUUCUGAAAAAGAAAAUUCAAAUAGAAAAGAGAAUUGUUGUCUACAUAAAUAAUGAUAAUUUUAAUUGGUUGGAGGAUCUAAAGCUGCUUGUGAGCGAUGAGAAUAAACUCGAAAAAAAGAGUAGGAUUAUAAUUGUUGGAGAGAGAGAUUUUGAGUGCGGUUUAUUAGGUUUUGUUAACUGUUUGAGAAAAGAGCCGGGCGGAGAGUUUGUUAGAGGUGUGCUUAUUCAAGAUGAGCGAGUCCCUAAGUUUUCUCUACAGGAUCCCUUCUAUAUACAUCAAUUGCAAAAAGAUAUGUUCAUUAAUGUAUUGCGAUCUAAUGAGACCUGGGGAUCAUACAGACAUUUGCGAUUACCACGACCGGAAGCCGAACCCGUACCUACCGCUCAUGUAUGCCAAACGGUUCGUGGUGAUCUAGGUACAUUUUGUUGGAUAGAGAACAGUCUAUCUGUCGAAGCCCGUCAUGAGGAUUUGGUGCGUGUGGUUUACUCAUCGCUCAAUUUUAAAGAUGUAAUGCUUGCGACUGGUAAAUUAGUAUCUGAUCAAGCGAUCUCGCGAGGACGGUUUCAAUGUACUCCUCUUGGAUUUGAAUACGUAGGAUUCGAUGCCAAUGGGCAACGUGUAAUGGGAAUCCGUGAUACCGAUUGUAUUGCAAACGUCGUUGUAAAAAAUAAAGAUUUCUGCUGGAAGAUACCCGAUGCGUGGACAUUCGAAGCGGCGGCGACGGUCCCGUGCGUUUACAGCACGGUUUACUUAGCCUUAUACAUACAUGGGAAAAUGAAAAAAGGCAAUAAAAUACUUAUACACUCUGGUACUGGCGGUAUUGGACAAGCAGCUAUUCACCUCGCUCUCAAAGAAGGAUGCGAGGUGUUCACUACUGUGGGCACGAGAGACAAACGGAACUUUAUUAAGAAGAUGUUUCCGAUUAUUCUGGAUAAACAUAUUGGAAAUUCACGAGAUACCAGCUUUGAACAAAUGAUAAUGCGAGAAACAAACGGUCGCGGCGUCGACAUUGUGUUAAAUUCAUUGGCAGAAGAAAAGUUAAUCGCGUCCAUUCGUUGCUUGGCGCAAAAUGGUCGUUUUCUGGAAAUCGGCAAAUUUGAUUUUAUUUCUAACAAUCCGCUAGGUAUGUCUGUGUUUCAGAAAGGUAUUAGCUUUCAUGGAAUUCUACUCGAUAAUAUGAUGUGUCGUGGCAAUCACAAGUAUAAGUCGCUGUUGUCCAAAAUGAUAGCCGACGGUCUUAAAUAUGGAGUCAUUAAACCAAUUCAAGUAAAAGUUUUUUCAAAAACAGAAAUCGAAGAAGCUUUUAGAUACAUGGCGAGUGGAAAACACAUGGGAAAAAUAAUUAUAAAGAUCCAGGAAAAGGAUAAACCUCUAGACAAGCCCAUUGUCGCAUAUCGUCGCUAUUAUUGUCUCAGAAAUAAAAGUUAUAUUAUAUUGGGAGGUCUAGGUGGAUUUGGUUUGGAGUUGACCGAUUGGUUAAUAUUUCGAGGCGCCAGGAAUGUCGUGUUGAUAUCGCGAACGGGAAUGAAAAAUGGGUAUCAACGCAAGAAAGUUCGACUAUGGAAGUCGUACGGUGUAAAUGUGCUGAUUAUCAAGAAUAUCGAUGUCGCUGAUCCCAAGGACUGCGAAUACCUCUUGCAAACUGCCGAAAGAAAAGCGCCGGUGGACGCAAUAUUUAAUCUCGGUGUGGUGCUGAAGGAUAGCAUGUUGAAGAAUCAAACCGCGGAGACCUUCGCGGAGUCCUUCCAAUCGAAGGCUCGAGCAACGCAAACAUUGGACAAACUUUCUAGAAAGAUUUGCUCCCAACUGCGGCACUUCGUGGUAUUCUCUUCUGCUGCCUGCGGUAGAGGAAACGCUGGACAGACUAAUUAUGGUAUGGCCAACUCUAUCAUGGAGAGGGUGUGCGAAAAGAGAGCGGAGGAAGGAUUACCCGGAUUGGCGAUUCAGUGGGGAUCUGUGGGUGACGUGGGUAUCGUCGCUGACAUGCAGGAGAACGAGGGGAAGGAACUGAUUACCGACCGCGUCGGCAUCUUGCAGCAAACGAUAUCUUGCUGUCUCGACGAGCUCAAUAAAUUUUUAAUUCAAAGCCGACCGGUUGUAAGCAGCAUGGUCGUAGCUAAAAAGAAAACAAUAUCUUCUGAAUUUAACAGUCUGAUAAAAACUGUCGCCAAUAUUUUAGACAUAAAAGACAUGAAGUUUAUAAGUCAAAAUUCAUCUCUGGUCGAACUUGGAAUGGAAUCCAUGAUAGCCGUGGAAAUUAAACAAACUCUGGAACGAGAGUUUGACAUUUUUUUGACUGCGCAAGAGAUACAAAAUCUCACCUUCGCGAAGCUUAAUAAGAUGCAAUCAUUUUGAAUUUCGGUACAGUACUUCGACAUAAAGUUGAGUUUAAUUGGGGUCAUGUGUGGUAUACUACUGUAAAGUUCCGACUUCCUUCUAUUUAUUACAUAUACUAGCAUGCUAUCCUUCUUAGAGAGUAUAUGAAGUUAUUGCAAACUAUCAAAUUGAAGAUAGAAAAGAAGCAAAUUCAUACGAUUAUGUGAGUUCAAAUUGGGUUGUAAAGCUUCGGAAAUUGCACGCAAUAUCAACUAAGUAACAUACAGUUCAACAUUGGUCUCAAAAAUUCCGUAGCAGAAACGAAAGCUUAGAAGAUAAAGCGGGUUGGCCGCUGUUGAUAAUGAUUAAUAAAGAGCUAUUAUUCAUGCGAAUCCACUGAAAACCACUAGAGAGAUUGCACAAAUUAUACUUAACAUAAACAGACCAUUCAAUGAGCUGAGAUAUUCACAUUUGAAGUUGAAGAUUAAAAGCCGCAAUUAUUUUUGCACUAACCUAAUAAUAUAAAACGUUGUUACAUAUAUAUUUAUACAAAACUUAUCUUCAGAAAAGGCUAAAAAAACGCAUUAAGUGUACACACGCUAAACACAAAAUCUUUAUUUAAAAAAAAUUUUGAUCUAAUUUGAGCUUAUAAUUCUAUUUGUAUUUUUACUACAAAAACAAUGAUAUUAGAAGGUUUGCGCCAAGUGAAUAUAAUAAAUUAGUAACGUCUGAUUUUCUUAAUCAUUGUUCUUUAUUAGACUUGUUGUGUAUCUGUUUUUUUUUUUAGAAACAGAUAUAUACAACCUGCUGUUUUUUUUAUUAUUUAGAUUUACAUACAAGAAAUACUUAUUAUGCCCCAAAUAUAUAUAUGUUUAUAGCAUAUGUCCCACAAAAACAUAAAAAAGCACUUUUUGAAAAAAAGAACAGGUGUACAACAAGUAUAAAGUAAAGUAAUAAAGUAACAUGAUAAAGAAAAUCAGACGUUGUUACCAAUUUAUCAUAUCCACUUCGCGCAAAUUUUCUGAUAUUAUUGUUUUUGUAGUAAAAAAUACAAAUCAACAUUUCACACAAAUCUGUCCAUAUAAAUCUUGCAAUAUUGGGAUUUAAAGGAUUUGCUAACAAACCUUAGCAAACAAUAUUCGCCGGUAAACAGUAAAGCUGGUUUAAACUUGUCAACUUUUAAUCCACAAACGCAGUCGAAUGCUUCUGCGAGAUAUGUGGGCGUCAUUGUUUAUUUUUAAAUCAAUCAUCUGACCAUAUGCUGAAGAUAAGCGUAUUUAUCAUAUUUUACAAAUCGGCUGAUUAAAUGGAUACUUGGUGUUACGUGCGGAACCGCUUUCUCGGUCCUGCACUGUAUUUGCCCGCCUAACAAAAUUGAUUACGGGACGAACUCGAGUUAACCCGCGAAUAUACCAAUGCGUGAGCACAGCGGCUUAAGGCCGGCUAUUGUAACCAGACCAUUAUACGAAUGAUAUUGCUUGUAAUAUUGAUAUUAUUGGGAAAUUAUAAAUUUAGUAGAAUACAUGCGUUAGUAAUGACAUUGCUAUUAUAAAAAAUAUUCGUAAAAAUAUAAGUUAGUAGUAGAGGAGACCGGGGCGAAGUCGGCCCUAUAUUUU